GGCAAAUUAAAAAUUAAAAGUCUAAACUUCGCAAAACGUCCUUAGGUCAAUGUCCUUGAAUAAUCAUAAAUUUUGAUUUUUUGGCGUUUUUCAACUUUCAGAUCACUGUACGGUGCAGUCAAAAAACCUAGAUUAGACAUUUCUCAUAUUUCAUUUAUUAGUCAGGAGCCGUUCAGGUAUCAGAGACCCAAAAUGGUCACGAGGCAGUAUCAAACCAGCCGGUCCACGAGAGGAGUCACCUGCGCUCUACUCUUGUUAUACGAAUUUCUACCAGAAGCAUUGAUAGCUAAGGUUCUAAGGGAGUCCCCCGCAUUCGGUGGUUAUUUCGUCUAGACAGAGGCCGUUUAUUCGUUUUAAGCUUUAUACAGAAGACGAACAUACCAGUUCAUCAGUUUUUGCAGUGUAGACGGGCGAUUUUCAUCAACAUGCGAAACCAGAAAUGCUUAAUUUGAAUUUCAAAGUAGCGCAAUAUCGAAGAUAUCUCCUGAAAAGUUACACAGAUCAGCCGAGCUAGAUUUACUUUUGGUUACAUAGUAAUUGACAAAAAUGACAUUAGUAUUAUAUAAGUGACAGUCGGUGACCAUCAUCAUAUUUAGAAUGGAAAUUGACCUCUGAGGCUAAAAAACCAGUGUCGGACGCUUUUAAUAUAUUUAAAAGUGUAAGAUAAGCGCCAGCCAUCAGCUGUAGAAGAAUUACAUCCAUGAAGGUGACAUCCAUUAAAACCAACUGCAUGUGAUCAACACCUCCGCCUAUGACGAGGUAAUAAAUAUUAACGAUAAUGAUCAUUUUAUUUGGAUGCUUUGAAGGCAUCUGCUUUGUUUAUGUUAUGUCAAGUGGC